GGUGGUGGGGAAGUUUGAUUACGCCAUUAUUAAUCAUGCAAAGCAUUCAUGGUUAUGUUUUGGUGAUGCAUUAGGGUUAAGACACAAUUUGAAAACUGAUAAAAGGUGUCAUUGCAUGAAAAGUUCGGCAUAUUCUAAACCUAUUCGUUCCGAUGAAUUUAUUAGCCCAUCAAAAUAUUAUCAAGAGAUUUCUCGUGAAUUUUUAUUUUCAGUUGAAGAAUACGAAGUUUUCAAAAUUUUAUCAAGAAAUGAUUUAAA